AUGCCGCCGCCGCCGCUGAUGAUGAUGACUGUCCGCUGCGCUGGCCCUCUCCUUCCCAUCAUCUCGCCGCUUUGCCGACCUUAUUACGGAUGCAGGCCGCGGCGUGCCUCGCCGCGCGGCGUCUCUUUCUCUCUCGCUCGCCGGUUCGCUCGUCGGCGCUCUUUCUCUCGACCUCGCGCUCUCUCUCUCGCUCACUCGGGCGUUACGUUUUCCCCUGUAUCAGCAGCGCCUCCAAGCGGAAGAAAGCGGUACUACACGCGGUCGAAGGAGAGCGGUGUCAAACGCAAGCCAAGCAGGCGGGGGACACUAUUUUUCAGCAGGUUCGAGAACGAAAGGAGCUUUGACGGCCACGCCAGCAAUGCUGGCUACUACGCCAGCCUUGAGCUAACCGAGGGCACCUGGUGCUAUACCAACCCCUACGUCUACGGCAACAAGCCGAUUUUCAUCUACUUUGACCCAGUGCACCUCAGAAGAACAUCUACAGCAGCUUACACAACUGCGGCUGUAUGGUGCUGCCCAGGUGUCCUGGGGCUGAAGAGCCUAAGAGGCCAGCUACAAGUUGACUCAGAAGGUGAUGGCGCGCUCUUUGAUCGAGAAGCAGAGCGUCGGGCUUAUCAUGGGGGUCGUCAACCCCAACAGAGAUGCCGGGCUGAGGCUCCUCGCCAUGACCACUGGCAAGCAGGAACACAGGGACACGGCCUAGAGAUGUUCAUGAGGACAAGGGACAGCUGGAGACGGGCCGGACGGUCCUCAAGCGGCCAUCUCUCCCCAUGGCGUUCUUCGGAAUGUCGCCGUGGAACUCCCUGAUGUGCAGGAAGCGCAAGAGCACCUGCUGGAGUUCUGGCGGUCCUUCUUCAACUGUUUUAUGCAAACUUCUCCAAAGAUGUGACUUCAGAAGCCAGGAAGAACAAGGCCUUGGAGUGGCCCACCGGCAGGAAACGGAGCAGAGUCGAAGAGGGCAGAAAGGAGACGGCGAGGAACAGGGAUUUGUACAAGUCGAGGAAGCUGACCAGAAAACGCAAGGCAUAGAAGAAGGCUUUGUGAUUGUUGAAAGACGAGCUCAUAUCCUGGUAAUACCACAUUGAUUAUUUGUACUGCCUGAAUUAUAGGACUAUCUCAUACGCAUUUUAUAUUUAUGUUUAUGGCGGAAAACACUCUGAGACCACCAAUUUGGCCUAAUUCCAAAAUUGUCCUACAUGCAUAUGUGAUGCAUCAUUGGAAAGCUUAAAAUCUCAAUUUUCUGGGGGAAGAAUUUUUUUUUUUCAACAGCAAAACCCUAACUUGAAGCGAGAGCAGAAUUAAAGACGCCACGAUUUUAACGAGAUAUUAUCGCGUACUUACCUCAUUUCGAUCCAAAAACUCCAUGUAGCAUGUAUCACCGAGUGUCAAGACACAGCUGUGAAUGGCCACAGCCAGAUUUUUGGGGGAUUUUAUGGGUGAAACAUGGUAAUAUAACAAGGGUCGCGAUGCAGAAAUCGCAGACAACAAGGAGUGGUUAAGAUUUUCUUUUUCAUAUAGUUACCCUUUUAAACGUUAUUUUUCAAAUUUUCUUUGUUUGGAUGGAUUAUUUAUCAUCUAACAUAUCGGUGGAAAUGCGACAGUAACAAAAAAAAAAUACUAUUAAGCGAUAGUUAUGAGGUAGAUAUCCAUGACUUUUUUUACAGACGCCAAAUUUUUCAUUGUGACGUAAUGUGUUUAAAAGUUUAAAAUA